AUGACUGUCAUUGAAACGGUUAAGAGCGCCGUUGGCCUUUCGGAGACAUCCGCAACCCGCCAGGAAAUGUCGGAAGCCCGUCUUCCCAUGCAGUACAGAGAUUCAUGCGCACACCUGCUGAUCCCGUUGAACCGAUGCCGGCAAGCAGAGUACUACCUUCCCUGGAAGUGCGAGGAUGAACGACACUCAUAUGAGAAAUGCCAGUACGAAGAGUUCAAGAAGCGCGUGGCCAAAAUGGACGAGCUGCGUGCCGCUAAGGACUACACCCGGAGAAACUGA